UGAACGCCGCAAGUGCCACAGCAGCCUUUCGUGAAGAGGGGAAGCAGCGUCGUCCUUAUAACAACAUCUCUCACGGACGGAUACAUUUCGGAAAUACAACACGGGUUCGCGGUUUAAUUAACAGCCUUAGUUUAUUAUUAUAUUUCAUAUUUAAAAAAAAAGGAAACGCAAACCCCGAGUGAGAAUGCUUCAGUCACUAGCCAGCAAUUCGUGUGUGCGGUUGAUACAGAGUCACAAAUCGACGUGGUAUUUUGCAUCUCUUGUCUUGGGGUACAUCCUUUAUCUCAUAUUCGGCGCGGUCGUCUUCUCGUCGGUCGAGCUGCCUUAUGAGGACCAGCUUCGCCAGGAGCUGAGGGCCAUAAAGAAACAGUUCCUGCAGGAGAAUGAGUGUCUGUCCGAGGAGCGUCUGGAGAGGUUUCUCAAGAAAGCCCUGGAGGCCAGUAAUUACGGGGUGUCGAUUCUCAAUAACGCCUCUGCUAACUGGAACUGGGACUUCACCUCGGCGUUGUUUUUCGCGAGCACCGUGCUGUCCACCACAGGAUAUGGACACACAGCUCCCCUUUCCGACGGAGGGAAAGCCUUCUGCAUCAUCUACUCUGUGAUCGGCAUCCCCUUCACCCUCCUCUUCCUCACCGCCGUGGUGCAGAGGAUCAUGGUGUACAGCACGCGGAGGCCCGUCAUGUACUUCCACCAGCAAUGGGGCAUAGCGAAGCCCCUGGUGGCCAUCGUUCACGCCUCUCUGCUCGCCACGCUGGCCGUCUCCUGCUUCUUCCUCAUCCCGGCCGCCAUCUUCUCGGCGCUGGAGGAUAACUGGAACUUCCUGGAGUCCUUCUACUUCUGCUUCAUCUCCCUCAGCACCAUCGGACUCGGAGACUAUGUACCGGGGGAGUCCGUCAAUCAAAGAUUCAGGGAGCUCUACAAGGUGGCCAUCACUGUCUACCUGAUCCUGGGUCUGAUUGUCAUGCUGGUGGUGCUGGAAACCUUCUGCGAGCUGCAGCAACUCAAGCAGCUGCGCAAGAUGUUCUACCUGAAGAAGGAGAAGCCGCAGGACCGCCUCGCCAUUCUGGAACACGACCACCUGUCCUUCACCACCGUGUCCAAGAGAGCCUCGGGCCAGCACGAGGACAAAAUCCAGCCGUUCGUCGGCGUCCCAACUCUGCGCUCUCCCAACGACGACCCCAUGAUCCAGUAAACGCCGACACAGCAAACCGCGUGUUGAAAAUACGACCUUAGGUUUAAAUGCACACUCGGCUACACGUAGAUAAGGCGACAAGUCUAAGCUGUAGGCGUUCUCUAAAACUCGGUCCUGCAAACAAAAAAUUGUCAGAACAAGCAAACAGUCUCCGUCAAUGAACCACAAAACUGACAGCAAAGUGCUACGCAGCAGAAAUCAAUGUAUGUGCAUUAAUAAGGGAACAACAUGAAUAUUCUAAAAGCGCCUAUAAAGACAAAGCCAGAGAUAAAAGUAAACGCCUUCUGCUGUAUUUAUGUCUCUCCGGAGUUAAGAUCCUCUAUGAGCUGUAUUAUAUAUGACAUCACAUGUAGGUGCAUUAUAGACAGUAAUCGGUCUCUUAAAUCUAGUGAAAACGUAGCACAGUUCUCUGUAGUGUCUCACAAAGUAGAACAUUUGUUUGAGUAUUUUAAAGGUAGAGAUGCUCGACAGCGAUGUGGGAUGUACAUAGACGGGUAGAUGUUUCAACAUGUACAGUAUAGUGCUGAUUAGAAUUAACACACCUGUUAAAGGCAGGGUUGGUCAUUUAAAAAAAACUAGAAUGAUUUUGAAAGUAGCAUUCCCUCAGUGCUACGUCUGCACCCUCCCCCUCCCCUCAAAAGCCACGCCCCCUCACUUACAUGCACGAGCGCUGUUGGUCCAGAAGCCGACCUCAGCUCAUCGCUUUGAGUGUGGGCUCGUGUAUGCAUGGGGUAGAGAGCGAGCAGGGAGACAGGGAGGCGUCUGAUUGGUUCAUCAGAUUGGUACCUCGUGGCAGACAUUGGUCAAAGUUUUUCCAAACUGCUACAGAUGACGGAUUUUCUUUGUUCCUUUUUCAGAGAACAUGAGUUAUUAAUUUCUAUCAGGACCUAAAGACAAUUUCAACCAGAAUCUUAAAAAUUGGAUCUGGAGAAAAUGACCAACCCUGCCUUUUGAAGAUGAGACAAAAUGUAACAAAACUGACACAAAUGUAAAAUACUUCUGAUUAACAGUGAGAGGAACGAGCUCGUAAGAAUAUCUCCUGAAUGUGCAACAUGUUUAACUUUAAACAUUUCCAUAAAAAACCUAACUCUGCACAUCAAGACGUAGUUUUAGUGUUUGUUUUGUAGCAUUUGUGACUCAUCUUCUUAGAGGUUUAGUCUCGUCUUGAUGCACUCUGCAUCGUCACAUUUCAUCGUGAGGGAAAAUAUUGUGUCUACAGAUAUGUGUGUGUGUUUGUGUGUGUGUUUUCUCAACAUGUUGCAGUGCUUUUUCAAAGUUGUCCGUAUGUGACGAUAAGCCCUAUCGCUUAUUGAUUUGUCUGAAACGCUUAAUGUGUGCUGGACUGUGUGGAAAAGGGAAGUGAGUUUGCCUAACUUAAAAAAAAAAAAGGGAACCACACAUGCCGGGCUCGCCCUGCUGCAUUUCACAGUCGAUAAAGAGAGCUCAGUUUGCACAUGUGCUGGAGGCUGACAGUCGCACAUGCACACAAAAAAAAAAGGUUAGGAUUUCUCCAAAAGGAAAAAGGAAGAGGUUUCCAAAACCGACAGAACAGAAGCUAUUUUUAAUACUUGACUUUUAUCGUGGAUGAAAAGGGUUGAUAAUUGCUAUAAGCAAAAAAAGGGCAAAAACUGUAGAACAGAAAUAAACAUCAUUUGAAUGUAGAAAUGUAUAUUUUUGAAUACUACAGGUUUAUUAAAUUUUACUAGAAAACAGUACAUCACAUAAACUUGAAACUUUAAAUUCAAACAGCAGGAGUGCAGCUGCAGCUCAAAUUAUUUAUCAAAUCAGUUUUUAAUCUGCUCAUCAACCAAGGAUAAUGUACCUGUAAUUGGGAUAUACACCAGUUGAUCUACAUUUGCAAGUUUGUACGACAGUAACAUUGCACUCCUCUGUGAAUUGAAAUGAAAAAUAAUCGAGGGAAAUCUGUAUUUUAUGCUACUAUCUGUCCUCCUCUGUUUGCCGCCUACUCGUACAGUGUAGCAUACUGCUGUAAUGCAGGAAUACUGUUUUUGUCAUGUAAACAUUUGAGUGUUUUUCAAAAAGAAAGGCAUGCAUUCAUCAUGAAUUGUAACGCUUUCUCGUCCUCUGUAAGAAGCUGAAUUACUGACCUCAUCUCUCUGUGCUUCAUCAAGACACAAUCGCAGCCUCUCUUUCUUUUUUUUAAAUAGUCUUGAAUGUAAAUUGUUUUUUAAUUCUGUUUGUUUGCAAAAGUGAGACCCGGGAGCUAACCAGAGUGCAGCAUCUGUCCAGGCUGCUCUGCUGCAAAGAUAAACCAAACGUUUUAAUCGAACAGUGUAAGAUGAGCUUUGGCAAGAUGUCACGUCGGAGUAGAAGUAGCGGAGCAUCCUUCAUGCUGUGAUUUUUAUACAUCUGUGGGAUUGUGUUGCAUUGUUUCCCUCACCAGUUCAGGCCUUUUGUGUAAAAACUGUGAAGCGUAGAUACCGUUUUUACCGUCUGCUGAGAAGAAGAAAAACAAAAAAAGGAGAACUUGAAUUCCCCCCAGGUUGGGGUUUCUCUUUUACUGUACAAGGUUUCACUGUUUUUUAUUUUUUAUUUUUAGAUGUUUGAUGUCAACGCCUUAACCGUUCAGUGUUGAAAGCUGUCAGGUUUAGUUAAAGUUUUGUCCUGGGAGGAAACGUUGCGAGGAAAAGGACAAGAAAAAUAAAGCACACUGACAUUAUUUAUUUAAGCUGACAAAUCUGAAUUAUUUAGAAGACUUCUGUACAUAAGUAUUCAGUUGUUGUGUAACUGAGUGUUUAAGUGUUACAUGACCAUUCUUGUAAUUCAGGUUUGCAACGCAGCAUCAAGGUUUUAAUGUAAAUUUCAUUUCAGCAUCAGGAGUGAAUCCAUGAACUGUAAAAAACUGUGUGUCUUAAAUAAAGUGUUCGUUUAUUAUUA